CCUCGACGACUUUUCUCAGGGAGGAAGCUAGAUCCAUGUCACAGGCAUCACCGCCUUCUACACGGGUGAAUACCCAUCCAGCCACGCAGAAGGAUAAUGGUAGUGAGCAACACGGUGUAAUGAAGCCGGAAGGAUUAGGGACUCCUCAGAGCAGCGAAGCGGUGAAGUCGGAGAAUGAUGGUAUGGAUGAGCGCUCAAGCAACAAUAGGUCGACAUUAGGGAGUGGAGCUCCCUCGGGUGAUAAGGCGAAAGUUGGUAUGAACUCUACGAACAAGGUCUCUGUGAAUGCGGCGGCAAUGGCGAAGUACUAUCUCCUACCUGGGCAUCAAUACAACCAGGAGCAGUUUCGCAAUGCCGUAUUGUUGGCGGCACAGAUAGUAGAGAAGCAGAGUCGGGCGACGGGGAAGGUCGUCGCUGAGGGGGGGAAGGUAGCUGAGGUGAAUUCCACCACAACGUCUGAAAACUCGACUUCUGGUUCGAUCGGUAACGAGACUUCUGACGGUAGUGGCGCGGUGAGCAUCCCGCUACCGAAUGGGAAGUCCUCUCCGCCGGUAUAUACGCGAGCGCAAGCGGCGUUGAUCCGAGCUAGUCAGCAAGAGCGGUUAUGGAACUCCCAUGCGACCAUCCGACCAAGCACUGGACCGCCGUACUCGGUGGCAGGAGCGGCUAAUACGCUUAGGCCGACUUGGGUAGCAGAGCACUCCGGUGAGAGCGAGAAUAUAAAGAUGGAGCCGACGGGGAGUACUACGACCAAUCAGGAAGAGAAUGUAGUUCGGAAAGUCGAUUCCGCAUGUUGUGCUCAUGCUCACUCCGUGAGUAGCACGGCGUUGGCAGUGGCACGGAACCUGCAUUCGUCUGUUGUCGAGGAGAAUGAGAAGUUGAGCACCACUUACCGAGUUGGAGAUUUGGUGAAAAUACUCCACGAUGAGCGCUUCGGUGGAGAUAUGCGAGGAGUGUUUGAAGCCUCGGUGUACGAGGUGCGAGGCACGCUGUUGACGGUGCGGUACAUGGGCGACACUAAGGGUCUAUACGAUGAAACGAUCGACGUCCUGUUCCACCAUAAGCGGAUACGAAAACACGGUGUUUUGGAUCGGUCGAGGCUUCGGAUUGUCGGCAGUAUGACUGAACCUCCUCCAGAGUCCAUUGCUGAGUCGCCGCUAUCUGACUUUGCUUCUAUGGGGGCUGUAGAGACUCUUCCGAGUGGUGACAAGGAACGGAGUGAGUGCAUGAUGACGCCGGCUUUGGUGGAGUCAUGUCUUGCAGUCUUCGGCAGAACCUUGCCUGAGUUUGAUCGAGGGUAUAUACCCCGAAUGUGUCGAUCAGCACGGAGCCGGAUGCACGCACUCAUCACCCUGGACGAGCCUGACCAAGCGCUAGCAGCUCUCUGUCAUCACUUGGAUCUUCAGCUCGGCUUCAGUGAGCUUCAUUUCUUCAGCGUAGACUUCACACGGCAGCGCCAGGGUCUUGGUUCAUGGUUGCUCAAGCGCUGGCUUGCACUAUUGGCUUCUAGCGGGGUUCACUAUGUGAUCACCUACGCCAGUGAGAAUGCUAUCAGCUGGUAUGAGAAACAUGGCUUCGUCCAUAAGCGAGAUAUGACCCUGCCCGAGCGGCACAUUCGAGGGCGAGUGACGCUUUGCACUGGAGCCAAGCUGAUGGAGUUGAAUCUUCAAGAUCAUCUGGAUCAACGGCCGAGCAUCCAGGAGCUCCGAGCGAAGUUGGAGAGAGUGGACAGAGUUGUGCGGCAUCAAAAGAAAGAGCAGCAACAGCAGAGGCGAUUGCGGCAAUGCGGGUCGAGUCCUGAAGGGGUGAACGAGGGGUCCACGGGCUUUGUGACGGCUACCGUUGACGGUAAAGCGGGACUGCAGAUACAGUCGGUGAACGAGCAGGCCAUGCUUGUCAAAGUGAACGGCAAUUGGCUUCAUGUUAACUAUCCAGGAUUGCAGAUUCAUUUUCAAGAGGGCACGCCUCGAGAGGAUACCGGUGGAUUGAGCGAGGUCAGCACUGAGGAACGGGAGCUCACCCCACCAUCUGUUGGAGAAGAUGCUGAUGCCGACACUGACAAUAGUACGGUCUGUCACAAACGGGGUUUACCUGUGGGUGAUGACUCCCCAGCGAAGAGGCGCUGUUUGGAACCUGGAAAAUGAAGGUUUUACCGACUGGUCACGUCAGACUGAGAAUUCAUCGUUGGGUCAUUCGACAUGAGGCCGCAACGAGCUCAACUAAGUGUAACAUAACACUGGUGAUACAUAUGGCUGGGAUGUGAAGGAGGAGUGGUAUGGACUCCACCUUGAUGUACAAUUUCACUGUAUAUAUUACUUACUGCCUUUCGAUUCUGUUGCUG